CACCCCGGGGGGUUAAGGACUGAGAAUCAUCAAAGUCUCCGCGGAGCAGAAGAGGACCCCGCUGGGCCUGGUGCGGCUUUGGCGCCGAGGCUGAGCCGCUGCAGGGGAUUUGCGCAGCUGUUGCUUUCCUGUGACUUCGGUUUUCCAACUUUUCUGACUCAGAACAACGGAAAAUGAGCAAGUUCAAGGAACCAGUGACAUUUAAGGAUGUUACUAUGGAAUUCACCAAGGACGAGUGGAAAUUACUGACUCCUGCUCAGAUAACCUUGUACAAGGAAGUGAUGUUGGACAACUACAGCCUGCUGGUUGCAGUGGGCUAUCGUGCGAGUAAGUCAAAUACGGUCUUCAAGUUGAAGCAAGGAAAAGAGCCAUGGAGGUUAGAAAUUGAAUUUCCACGUGAGAGCCGCCCUGAAGACCUAUGGGCUAUUCAUGAACCUGGAACAAGAAACCAUAAAAGCCAAGCUGGAACUUCAAGGACUGGAGAAGCCACAAAACGCCAGAAAACUCAUGCCAAAGUGGAGGCCUAUGAAUGUAAAGAGUGUGGAAAGUUCUUCGGUCAAAAGUCAUCCCUCACAGUGCAUCAACAAACUCAUGCCAAGGACAAAUCCUAUGACUGUGAAAAAUGUGGGAAAUCCUUCUCGAAAAAUGAAGACCUUACAAAACAUCAGAAAAGUCACACCAGAGACAAAACCUAUGAGUGCGAAGAGUGUAAGAAAAUUUUCUAUCAUCUGUCUUCUCUCACUAGGCAUCAGAAAACCCAUGCUGGGGAGAAACCCUAUGAAUGUAAUCAGUGUGGAAAAUCCUUCUAUCAGAAGCCACACCUCGUGGAACAUCAGAAAACACACACAGGGGAGAAACCUUUUGAAUGUACGGAAUGUGGAAAGUUCUUUUAUAUGAAAGCAUACCUCAUGGUCCAUCAGAAAACACACACAGGGGAGAAGCCCUUUGAGUGUAAGGAAUGUGGGAAAACCUUUUCCCAAAAGUCUCACCUCACAGUACAUCAGAGAUCACACACAGGGGAAAAACCCUAUAAAUGCAAGGAGUGUGGGAAAUUCUUCUCCAGAAAUUCACACCUCAAAAUCCAUCAGAGAAUUCACACAGGAGAGAAGCUGUUUAAAUGUAAGGAAUGUGGGAAUUGCUUCUACCAGAAAUCAGCCCUAACAGUACAUCAGCGAACUCACACAGGGGAAAAACCCUUCGAAUGUAAUAAGUGUGGGAAAAACUUCUUUUAUAAAUCAGACCUCACCAAACAUCAGAGAAAACACACAGGGGAGAAACCAUAUAAAUGCACAGAAUGUGGUAAAUCUUUCUCUGUGAAUUCAGUCCUCAGGUUACACGAACGGACUCACACAGGGGAAAAACCCUAUAAAUGCAAGGAGUGUGGGAAGGCCUUUUCUCAGAAGUCACACUUCGUCAUACACCAGAGAUCACACACAGGGGAGAAGCCCUAUAAGUGUAAGGAGUGUGGGAAGGUUUUCUCUAGGAAUUCACACCUCAAAGCACAUCAGGCUGCUCACACAGGAGAGAAAUCCCCUAAGUGAAUGUGGCAACUGCUUCUGCCAGAACUCAGCCCUAAGGGUACAUAAGCAA